ACUGCCUUAUCCCACCCAACCUCCUCUCCUUCUCUAAUCUCACUGCCUCCUCCUGCUCCUCCCAAGGAACUUUAAAAAAAAAUUAUUUGCAGAUCAAGUGGGAAUCAUAUAAGGAAGGGGGCUCUUUGCAAGCUUAGAUGGUCCACAAAUGAGAAGGAGGAAAAGAUGGAGCUGCAUAUCUUAGAGCACAGGCUGAAAGUAGCAAGUAUAGCCAAGGACGGUAUCCAGUUGUUUACCCAUGGAUUAAUCAAACUUGCUUUUCUGCCGUCAAAGACGAGGUGCAAGUUCUUUAGCCUAACUGAGACUCCUGAAGACUACACCAUUAUUGUGGAUGAAGAGGGAUUUAAGGAACUGCCUGGGUCAGAUCUCCUGAGUGUGGCAGACGAGACAUGGCUGGCAUUAAACGUUGUAUCGGGCGGAGGCAGUUUCUCCAGCUCACAACCCAUUGGAGUCACCAAGAUCGCCAAGUCAGUGAUAGCACCAUUGGCAGAUCAUAACAUCUCUGUGUUCAUGCUUUCCACAUAUCAAACAGACUUCAUCUUGGUACGGGAAAGAGAUCUGCCGUUAGUUAUGCACACCCUCUCAGCAGAAUUUACCAUCCUCAGGGUUGUAAACGGGGAGACAGUUGCUGCUGACCAUUUAGGAAUCACCAAUGGAUUUGUGAAGCCAAAGCUAGUUCUAAGGCCAGUCAUUCAUCCACUGUCCAGUCCCAGCAACAAGUUCUGUGUAACCAGCUUGGACCCUGACACCUUACCGACUGUGGCUACACUCCUCAUGGAUGUCAUGUUUUAUUCUAAUGGCAUGAAAGAUUCUGCAAUGGGCAGUGAUGAAAAUGGUCACAUUCGUUUCUUCUCCUUCUCUCUCAUUGAGGGCUACAUCUCCUUAGUGAUGGAUGUGCAGACACAACAAAGGUUUCCAAACAAUCUAUUGUUUACGAGUGCAUCUGGGGAACUCUGGAAGAUGGUUCGGAUAGGUGGGCAGCCUCUAGGAUUUGAUGAAUGUGGAAUCGUUGCCCAGAUUGCAGAGCCCCUGGCUGCCGCUGAUAUCCCGGCAUACUACAUCAGUACAUUUAAGUUUGAUCACGCCUUGGUACCUGAAGAAAAUAUCAACAGUGUGAUCAACGCUCUCCAAGUGAGUCAGAACAAGAAGCAGUAGGUGGGAAACUGAUAUCCUGGCGGUUUCAUCUUCACACAGUAGUCUAAGCUGAAACUGAGAUUUCAAGAAGAAACCUUUGGGUGUUUGUAAAGGAGCAGAAAGCAUGUGAAAACUAGUGAGCUGGUGACUUUUUGAAGUCUGUUCCCAAAGUGAAUGUUACCAUUGUGUUCUUUGUGUGAACGGUGUUACAUUGUACUGGUAAAGUCAAACCAUCUCUUUCUACUGAUGCUUUCCCCCACUGUGAAGGAGCAAUGGUGAUUGGCUGUUGUCUGUGAAUUAGUUGGGUUAGUUAUCUCAUGUAGCACAAAGCUGAUUUCUCAAGUUUGGGAGCAGAAGGGUCUCUUGUUAAGUAUAGGGAUGUUGAAUUUUGGGAGUGAUUACAUGGAGGUAAUCUAAUUUUGGGUUGGCUUCUGAUGACAUCACAAAUUGUGAAACGAAAGCUGGUAUCUUCUUCAGAUAACAGUCUUUUAAGUUACUCCCUGGUAGCUGUUACUUUGUUUAAUAUGCUAUUUCAUUUUAUCUGGGGAGUUCCUAUACA